UCUCCAGUUCCAGGGGUUGUUAUUUUUGUAGCGUUAUUGUAAUGCAUAUUUUAACAUCUCCAAUGUUGCUCUGUUCGUGCAUAUAACGUAACAUUAUAACUAUUAGACUUACAAAUACAUUUCCCCAGCAUUCCCAACUCUGUGUGACUUCACGGUUGGCCAGCAAUGUGGCUCUCACAGGGCUCUAGUGGAAAGCAGACUGAAGAUGGAGGACGAAGACUUCUUACUCGCUCUUCGCUUACAAGAGCAGUUUGAUCAGGAGACCGCGACUGAUGAAGACCACCCGUCCAGCAAGAAGCGGAAGAUUGAGUCCUCUGGGCUGAUGGAUGUGAUGUCUUACUCCCAGCCCAGUCCAGAGAGACCGCUGUCCAUCGUGGACGCGUCGUGGGAGAUGCUGGACCCCAGUCCGGACGUGAGGGCCAUGUUCCUGCAGUUCAGUGACCAGUUCUUCUGGGGGAAACUCAGCGGGGUGGAGGUCAAGUGGAGUCCGCGGAUGACACUAUGUGCUGGUGUUUGCUCUUAUGAGGGAAGAGGAGGCUUGUGUUCUAUUCGACUCAGUGAGCCACUCCUGAGGCUCAGACCCCGCAAAGAUCUUGUACAGACUCUUCUUCAUGAGAUGAUCCACGCUCUUCUCUUUGUGACUCAAAACAACAGAGAUCGAGAUGGCCAUGGUCCAGAGUUCUGCAAUCACAUGAACCGAAUCAACCAAGCAAGUGGCACCAACAUCACUGUAAGAUGCGAUUCCGAUAUUCAGUAUUGUGUUGCAGGCUCUGGCUCACAAGACAUCAGAAAUGUCAUUCCAUUCAAUGGGAGAGGGUUUGUUCUUGGAGGGACUUCCACGAACAAGCAGAGUCAGAGUCCUCCUAAAGCACAACCCGAACCUCUCGCCUCUCCACCUGACUCACCGCUCCUUCCAAGACUGCAGCCCAGCGAGGCAAACUCGUUCAAAAGAGUCAGCUCAGGUGCAUCGAAUGUUCCCCGCAGAAAGUCUGUUAGUAACACUAAUGCCUUCGUCAACGUCGACGGCUCGCCUGUGAGAAUUUCCAAAGUCAAUUACGUAAAAGGCAAGCAGAGGUCGGUACGAGAUCUCUUCCAGGCCAUAGUCCUCAAAUCUCCAGAGAGAGCAGUCAUUGCUGCUGGUUCCUCCAAGCCUGCCGCAGAUGCCUCAACAGCAAACCCUGCUAAAUGUAAGGGACCAUCUUCAUCUAGUGCCUUAGACGGGCAAACUAGCCUGAUCAGUAACCAUCACUCAUACAGUGCCACAAUGCCAAAGCCAGAGUCGCAUGACUCGCAUCUCUCCAAAUAUUUCGGCAGCAGUGCUCAAACGUCGAAAUCCCAAGAUUCACAGUCGAAAACUUUGGGAAGCCCCCAAAAGUCUGCAACUGGAACGGGUUACUUUUCCAAGCUCUUCGUAAGUAACCCAAAACUAGAAUCAGAUGCUUCAAGCUCAGGAUUCCGAAACACUGGCGGUCCCCAAAGUUCACAUGCUUCAGUUCCUUCAGGGUCCGGUUCCAAGCACUUUGGAGGCUCCGAAAAGCCUGAAUCCAACUUUCCAAGCCCUAGGAGCAUCGGCAGCCCCAGGACAUCAGGGACGACGCCUUCAGGAGCCAAGAAGAGAUCAUGGGACGACCAUAAAUCUGAACAUAUCUUUGAUUACUUCCAGCAGACAAAUGGCAAGUCCUCGACGUCCACAGUGCAGCAGAGAGAGGAGGUGGAAGACUGCAUUCUGCUAGUCAGUGAUCAGCAAGCAAACAAUCCUCCAAUCCUGAUCACCGUCCACUGCCCCGUCUGCCACAUCAAAGUCCCAGAGUCCACAAUUAAUGAACAUCUGGAUUCCUGUCUGUCAUAAUCUCUGAGAGGAAGUACAGGCCGUAAGGCUUUAAUAAAGCUAGGAGAGGUGUUUUGCUGUGAUAUUCCAUUGCUCAGGUAUAGCUUCAAAUAGAAAUAUUAAAUAUUGUUUUAUGUCAUAGUAGUGAGAUAUUUUCAUUCCAAUGCAAUAGCUAUAAGCGACAGUUCUUAAAAUAAAUGUAAUUUAAGUCUACAAAGCGCGCCAUAUUUGCUUUUGCACUUACUGACUUAUUCUACCUCAUUUUUGCAUCAUGGGAAGAAUGUUGUUCGUGAUUGACAGCUUAGUUGAAAUUGAGCUAGUGGUUUAAAGAGGCGUCACUCGCUGUCCUUUUGUGGGUUGAUGUCCGCGGUUCAUGUCGAAUCAGCAGUACUGAAUUUUGCACGCGUUGGCUGUCCGCUGUGGGAUUUAGACGUGCUUAGCUUUCCGGAUCAGGCUUUGCAAGGUCGCUUUCAUCUCGGUGUCGUCAAUAACAGCUCUGGCAGGUUGGCCCAUGAGUGGGGGGGCGGAGCUUGUGCCACCUUCUGCAUAAUAAUUUCACAUCUACUUUGUGCCCUAGAGGAAUGCAUGCAUUCAAAAAUUAACCCCACCCAGAAGUGAAUAUUGGGUGUGCAGGUUAAAACCUUCUGAUGUAAUAAUAGUCAUGAUAUAUUGUUAAGUCACGAGUAUUGUUGUUUCAAAACCAGCGACCCACCUUUGAAGGAAACAAUGCCUGAUGACGAGUUCACACGCUUUGGCGUGGUUCACUCAAAGGCCCGUGCGCAUAACGUUGAUUUACGUAAAAAGAGGCAGGACGCAUUGAUUUGUUUAGUGUUGACAUGCUGCAGGCUUCAGGGAUGUCAUUUGUAAUGUAUGCGUGUCGUUUUAACAUGCAC